GACCCUUUGUUAAAUUCUUGACGACGCUGGCUGGUGACCGCAGCGUGGUCAGAAUAUGAUGUGAUGUGGAAGAGCUUACAACUGUCGCAGUCAGUGCGUUCGCUGUCCACUCGUCCUUCCACUGCCGCUACUCUCAGUCGCAGAUCCGCUACUUCGAAUUCGCGCCUUGACCUACAGGCCAUUGAUACAAAAUGGCAGCAAUUAUGGGCUUUACAGGGGGAUACGCCGAAUUCUCCACGCUCCCCAAAGAAAUCCUACGUCCUCCCCAUGUUCGCGUAUCCAUCGGGAUCGCUUCACAUGGGCCAUCUACGGGUCUAUACCAUCUCCGACGUGAUUGCUAGAUACCGCCGGAUGCAAGGAUAUCAGGUGCUACAUCCUACAGGAUGGGACGCGUUUGGUCUGCCAGCUGAGAAUGCUGCUAUUGAAAGAGGAAUAGACCCAGCUGUUUGGACCGAGGAGAAUAUUGUCAAGAUGAAGAAACAGCUUCAGAGCAUGAAUACCACCUUUGAUUGGGACGCCGAAAUCUCAACAUGUUCUCCUUCGUUCUACAAACAUACCCAAAGCAUCUUCUUGAAGCUAUAUUCUAAAGGGCUUGCGUACCAAGCCGAGGCACUGGUUAACUAUGAUCCUGUGGACAAGACUGUGCUUGCCAACGAGCAGGUCGACAGUCAAGGGAGAUCAUGGCGCUCUGGGGCUUUGGUUCAACAGAUGAAGCUCCGCCAGUGGUUUUUCCGCAUUACCUCUUUCAAGGAAUUCUUGUUGAAAGAUUUGGAUUAUCUCGGUCAGAACGACAAGUGGCCGAGUCGAGUUCUUACCCAGCAGAGGAACUGGAUUGGCAAGUCUUCUGGAGCUCGCAUUAAAUUCAAUCUCCAGGAUCCCUCUGGAUUACUGACACCCGUCCACGUGUUCACCACCAGACCAGACACAAUAUUUGGGGUCAAGUUCAUCACGCUGUCAUUGAGCCACCCACUUGUACUGAAAUUGGUCUCGACCACACCUGGUUUGCAACAAUUUCUUGACAAGAGAGCAACAUUUGCGCCUGAUUCCAAAGAGGGGUUCGAAUUGCCUCUUCGCGCUCUGAGCCCGCUCUCCGAAGUGAUGGGCGCACCCCUUGAGACAAUUCCUGUCUUUACCGCGCCAUAUGUUCUCGAAGGCUAUGGCGAUGGGGCGGUGAUGGGUGUUCCUGCUCAUGACUCGCGGGAUCUAGGAUUUUGGAAAGUUCACAGACCAGAGGAAGCAAUUCCCAUGGUAGUGACGGGCUCGCAGCCUCCUCCCUCUCUCCGUGUACACCCCAACGACAUGACGGAAGCUUUCACGAGCCCCGGGACGCUGACUUCAUUAUGUGGACAAUUUGCCGGGCUGUCUAGUCAGGAGGGAUCCUCUCAAAUACUUCAGCUUCUUCAAAAGACUGAUUCGGCUUCUCCUUUUGAGACUUGGCGUCUUCGAGACUGGCUUGUGAGUCGUCAGAGGUACUGGGGCACUCCCAUUCCCAUCAUACACUGUGCCGAAUGUGGCACAGUUCCGGUUCCAGAAGAUGAUCUGCCAGUUGAGUUGCCACGACUUGAUGCGUCAUUCAAAGGACAAAGAGGCAACCCGUUGGACAAAAUUCAAGAAUGGGUCAAUUGUCAAUGUCCACAAUGCCACGGGCCUGCUAAAAGAGAAACAGACACCAUGGAUACUUUUGUGGACUCGUCGUGGUAUUUUCUGCGCUUCCCUGACCCACAGAAUACAAAAGAGCCUUUUUCACAGCAGUCUGCCUCAGAGAUGGUCCCUGUUGAUACAUAUAUUGGAGGCGUCGAGCAUGCUAUUCUGCAUCUACUCUAUGCCCGAUUCAUGUACAAGUUUCUCUGCGGCGAAGGUCUAAUUGAUGGCACAAAGGGCCAGGCAGAGCCUUUUCAAAGUCUGAUCGCCCAGGGGAUGGUCCACGGUAAGACGUUUUCUGACCCCGACACAGGCCGGUUCUUGCUCCCAAACGAAUUGGAAGAGACCGAGCAGGGGAUGAUCGUCAAAGCCACUAAGAAAGCCCCGACACUCACAUGGGAGAAAAUGUCCAAGAGUAAGCACAAUGGUGUUGAUCCUUCGGUUUGCAUCGAAAAGUUCGGAGCAGAUGCCUUGAGGGCACACAUAUUGUUUGCUGCCCCUGUUAGUGAGGUCUUGCAGUGGGAUGAAGAGAAGAUUGUGGGUAUCCAGAGGUGGCUCGGCAGAGUUUGGCGUAUUGUCAAUGAUCUUGCUGCUCUUGCCACCGCAAAGGAGAUGGACACAGUUGAGCUCGAUGUAGCGCAGAUGAGUGAAGUGGAUGCUAAUGCUGUUCUUCUCACUCAUGGAACCCGGGGAAACAUUGUUGAGACAUUUUCCAACAACAUCUACAGUUUGAAUACUGCUAUUUCGGAUCUAAUAAAACUCACCAAUGGACUUCACGACACAGGUGUAUCGAAUCUUAGUCCCCAGGUCGCCAACAUCGCGGUUAAGGAGCUCCUAAAGAUGAUGGCGCCUAUUACUCCUGCCUUCUCAGAAGAAUGUUGGGAGGUGAUCAGCAGCAGAGGCCCCCACACAAGCAUCUUCGAAGAAACGUUUGUCACCCCGAUCCUUUCUGAGGAACAAGAAUCCGCUUUACGAAAUCGGCGCACAACUAUGGUCUGUGCAGUGCAGAUCAACGGCAAGAUGCGGUUCACUGCAGACAUUCCACCUCCCAAGGAAGGACAUGAAGCGCUCAGCAAGGCCGACAGAGAAACCGAGAUCGUGUCGGCAGUGCUCAAGACCAAGAGUGGUCAGUCAUGGUUGACUGAGAAACACGACUGGGAGAAGAGGAAGAGAGUGGUGGUGGUUGGUGGUGGCAAGGUGCUGAACGUAGUGUUCUGAUCAUUGAUACCACUGACUUGCCCACCUGGAAACCCAACUCACACUUGAGUGUGGGAAGAACCUUUUCCUCUGCUAGAGGGUGCCCAAGUUGCCACCAAGGUCUCGAUAGUUGGACGAUGUUUUGGGACAAUCAAAAGAAGAAUGUUGUAACACUAAGAUACAUAGAAAGACUGUACAAUAAUUGAUGUAAAAUAC